AUGGAGUCGAUAUCGCGAAUAUCAAGCCUCAUGGAGGCCGCGAGGGAGCUCACUCUCGAUGCCGCCCAGGCUACUCGAGGCAGUCGCACGAGCUCCCGCCUGCUCGACCGCAACCAGAUGCGAAAGCUGCUCGACAGCCGAAACGAUCGCGACGUGCUCGAGGGCCUGCGCCGUGUCAUAGCUAUGAUGUACAGGAACCAAAAGACCCUUCCCUUCUUCUCCUCGGUCGUCAAGAACGUCGCAUCGCCCAACAUCGAAAUCAAGAAGCUCGUGUACAUCUACCUCAUCCACCAUGCCGAGCAGGAACCCGACCUUGCCCUCCUCUCCAUCAACACCAUCCAAAAGUCCCUCUCCGAUGCCAACCCCCAGGUCCGCGCCCUGGCCCUCAAGACCAUGUCUGGCAUCCGCGUCCCCGUCAUCAGCCAGAUCGUCUCACUCGCCAUCAAGAAGGGCAUCGCCGACAUGAGCCCCGUCGUCCGCAAGGCCGCAGCCCUCGCAAUCCCCAAGUGCUACCGACUCGACCCAAGCCAAGCGCCCCAGCUCACCGACUACCUGUCCACCCUGCUCGGGGACAAGCAAUACUUUGUCGCCGGCGCAGCUGUUGCCGCGUUUCUGGAAAUGUGCCCCGAUAGGAUCGAUCUGAUCCACAAGCACUACCGUGGCCUGGUCCGCAAGAUUGUCGACAUGGAUGAAUGGAGCCAGCUGGCCAUGCUACGACUAAUGAGCUUUUACGCGAGGCGAUGCUUUCCCAGACCAAAGAACGGAGCGUCGAAACCGAAACUUAAAACCCCUGCUUCUGCAGAUGAUUUCUACAGCGAGUCAAAAUCCGAGGAGGCUGAUGCCGGCAUGAAUAUCGACCCCGAUCUGCGCAUGCUGCUGAAUGCUGUUCGCCCUCUCCUACAAAGUCGUAACUCUGGCGUGGUGGUUGCCGUCACCAGGUGCUAUGUUGAAAUUGGCACUGCCGAAUAUGUCAAACUCGCCGUUGGUCCUCUUGUUGCACUAAUGCGAGGCGCCCAGGAUAUCCAGCAGCUCGCACUGUAUAACAUCGUCUCCGUGUGUUUGAUGCGACCGAAAGAUUUCGUCAAGUACUCCAGCCACUUCCUGGUUCGAGCAACAGAUUCGGCUCCAGUGUGGGAGCUCAAGCUCGAGGUCUUGACCCUUAUCUUUCCUCACAGCCCACCACACAUAAAGAGCCUUAUUCUCAAAGAACUAGAGCACUUUUCACAAGGCACAAAUAAAGCUCUUGUGCAAGACGCCGUGCGCGCUAUUGGUCGAUGUGCACAAUCCGAUGCCACCACAUCACCUCGCUGUUUGAAACUUCUUCUAAGCCAAAUUACGAGUCUCGACGGCACACUUGCCGCCGAGUCGCUCACCGUUAUUCGGCAUCUGAUUCAGCAGAAUCCCGACAGCCAUGUUGGCACCGUUGUGCGCCUGGCCAGAAACUUAGACUCGGCCACUGACCCUCAAGCUAGGGCAACCAUCAUCUGGCUGGUUGGCGAAUUCUCUGGUCUAGAUGGAGAAGACAACAUCGCACCAGAUGUUCUGCGAAUCCUUUUGAAAGAAUUUGCCCACGAAUCAGAAGUUGCCAAGAGACAGAUCGUCCUGCUUGGUGCCAAAGUGCACCUUCAUCACAUUAAUCACCGCAAUGAGGCUCAGAAAACCGAGAACGCGGAGGGCGACGUUCCUCAAACAUUCGAGACGCAUCCCAUUGAGCGCCUCUGGGACUACUUGAUGAUCCUUGUGAGAUAUGAUACAUCUUACGAUCUACGUGACCGCGCAAGAAUGUAUAGGUCACUUCUCUCCGUACCGCAGCUUGCCACCUUGAUGCUCCUUGCGCCAAAGCCUGCACCCCAGGCACCAAGUCCAUCGGAAUCUCGGAAGGGAUUCCCACUGGGCUCCUCGACGCUCGUCCUCGAAGGAGGCGGUGGUCUUCACGGGCUGAACGGCUACGAGACGCUCCCAGAUUGGGUCACGCCCGGCAAAGAGCCUGAUCCAAGACUGCGCGAGCAGGACGAGGGACAGUAUUCGCGAUAUGAUAACGAUAGAGGUCCUGCGCCUGCUGGUCAAGCUCUAGACGAAGCAGCACGAGCCGCACCGAGCAGGUCGAACGGCGUUGCGGAGGGGUUGGGUUCCAAGACGCUGGAUGAUUGGCUCGCGGAGGGCGACGAGGAGGACAGCGGCGAGACAGAAGAGGAAAGUGAAGAGGAGACCGAAGAAGAGGAAUCGGAAGAGGAAGAAGAGGAGGAUGAAGAGGGGGAGGAAAGUGACGAUGACGGAGAGGAAGCUAAUUUGGUCAAGGCAUGA